AGAGAUUCCAUGCCGGAGAGAAACUGGCGCUGCUGCAACAGAAUGGGAGCCGACAAGUGCACUUGAGCUUGCUUGCUCACUCAUCAAGCGGUUCCUUGCUCCUCUGCCUCAGGUGCAGUGAGGGAGCUGCGCGUGUACUGGCAGCCGCGUGCCUAUUGUGCACCACUUUGACUGAGGAAGCAGCAAGAGCGCUGAUGGCGGCGCCACUUCCUGCCAGCUGCUAGCAUGGCGACCGGCACGGCAUUGGCUGCCGCACCGUCAUGUCUCAAUGCAGGAGGCACGGCGGGCUGUGCCCUUGGGCGCCCUCGCUGGGAAGGGCGGAGUCAGGUUCACGUAGGGUGUUUUGAUUCAGUGUUGCUCCUGGCGCCCGGGCUGCGGCCGCUUUCGCAAGCCUGCCGAGCGCCGCCGCUAGGAAUACGAAGGAGUGAAGCGCCACGAUGGCGGGCUACUGGACAGAGGAUGCCAUGCGCAUCCACAAAUUUUGACGGACGGGAGAAUGAGCAGGCAGAAGCGCGGGGUUUCGAUGCAUCUUGUCCUUCCAAGAACAGCCACCGGCAUGGGGUGCCGCCACCGCAGGAAACCAGCACGUCGGGGCGGGAGUUCGGAAGUGAGGGAGAGCGGCGCCACACGCGGCGCCACCCGUGGGCCCGGACGGCAGUGCGAUGGGCGAGUGCCAUUUUGUUGGGGACGGCGCUGGCGGUGGUAAACACGCAGCCGGCGAUGGCGGCAUGGGGGUUCGGGGGGAAGGGGGGGGUACGGGAGGCGCCGCGGCCAGGGACUGUGGGGCUGACGGACGACCAGCGGAGGAAGCAGGACGAGGAGGCAGAGGCACGGCGCGCUGCGGAGGAAGAAGCGGCGCGACAGGCACGAUCACAGCAGGAGAAUGAGCGCACGCGCGCGCGGGCGGCAGAGCAGGCGCAGCAGGAACAGCAGCAGGCGCGGGAGGGAAUCAUCCGAAAUGUUGAGUUCUUCCGGGAGCGCAAUGUGGACACGGACGAGUGGGAGCUGCCGCUGGCGGUGUACGAGGAGGCGGCGGACGCGGGCCUGGUGGACCGCUCCCUGCUGGGCUGGUCCAAGGACACGCUGCGCAUCCGGCUGCGACAAGACCUGGGCCCCCUGGCCGAGCCGGAGUACUUGGUGGUCGUCCCGUACACACAAAAGAAGCGCAUCCUCGACAAGUACACCGGGGACGUGGACGUCGCGGCGGGGGUGGGCCUGGGGGCGGAUUCACCGCGCAACCUGUUUGAGGAGCUGCACUACGAGUCCGUCACGGGGCAAGGCCGCGGCCAGAACCUGGCGCGCAGGAAGAUUGACCUCCUCCUCAAGCACUACGGCGAGUACGGCCCGUUUUGGUUCUUGUCCAAGGACCGCAUCGACCCCGAGAGCCUGGGCUUCAAGGACGGCGAGGCGGCGUACCUGUGGAUCGAGUACUGGGUGGCGGCCCUCCUGGCGGCCACGUGGGUGUGGGUCAUGUUCGUGGACAAGGACCAGAAGACGGAGCGCUACUGGGACGUGCGCGCAGUCAAGGAGUUCCGGCGACAGUUCCAAGGGGCGGACAUGAACAGCGAGGUGACGCUGCGUGACGUGGCGGGGCUGGACCACGUGGUGGACGAGCUGCAGGAGGUUAUUACCUUCCUGAAGCACCCCCAAAAGUUUGAGGCCAUGGGCGCGCGACCGCCGCGGGGCAUGCUGCUGUACGGCGCCCCUGGCACGGGGAAGACGCUGCUGGCGCGCGCGAUCGCGGGCGAGGCCAAGGUGCCCAUCAUCCACGUGGUAGCCUCCAAGUUCGCCAUGGGCGAGUCCAUGGUCGGGGUCCAGGCGGCGCGCCUCCGCGGCAUGUUCGCCUAUGCCAAACAGCGGGCGCCGAUCGUGAUCUUCCUGGACGAGAUCGACGGGCUGUGCAAGAAGCGCGCGGGCGCGCGCACGGACGUGUUCCGCGAGCAGGAGCGCGCGGUGACGCUGAACCAGCUGCUGGUGGAGAUGGACGGCUUCAACACGUACGCCAACAAGGGCAUCCUGCUCAUCGGCGCCACCAACAACCCCUCUACGCUCGACCCCGCGCUCACGCGGCCCGGCCGCAUGGACCGCAUCAUCGAAAUGCCGCUGCCCGACACAGAAGGCCGUGUCGAGAUCAUGACGCUUUACAACAAGGGCUGGCAGUUCCUCGGGCCUAUCGACCUCUACGAGAUUGCGGAGCGCGGCAAGGGGCUGACGCCCGCUGACCUGGCGGAGAUCUACGAGGACGCCAUCUCGGACAAGAUCGACCACGUGACCACGUCGUUCCGCCAGAUCUACGACAUCUACUUCCGCAAGCGCGGGCCCUACUACUUCUUGCACCCGGUGGCGCUCAUCCCCGGCCCGUGGCAGAAGCACAUCCCGCGCUGGUUCGGCCGCGCGUUCCGGCACUUCUUCGCGAUCAACCCGGAGGACUUCCAGCCGCACGAGGACCACUGCAUCACGCAGGCCGACCUGCGCCGCACCAUCGACUUCAUCAGCCUCGAAAAGGAGUCCAAGCGCGGCCAGGUCUCCGACAAGCUCUGGGCGCCCACCAUCUGGCACACGCGGUCGUUCAAGCAGCCGUUUGCGGCGGGCCUGGUCACGACGGCGUGGAUGGCCACGCUGCUGCCCAACCACCCGCCCAUCAUCUCCAUGUGGCUCGAAAAGUACGAGGGCGAGUCGAUCGCGGUGGUGAACAUCGGGACGUGGGAGAGCACGGAGUUCACGGAGGUUGCCACGCGGCGCAUGCUGGAGAAGAUGCUGGUCGUGCUGGUCAGCGGCUACGUGGGCCUGCGCAUGCUGCUGCCCGAGGAGAUGCACGACACGCUGCUGCACGUGCGCGACAUCAAGCACGCGCAGCGCCUCGCGCGCGAGAUGUGCGCCUCCACCGGCUUCUCCUUCGACGAUGACGUCACCAUGUGGGCCGGGUCCGUGCAGGGCGAGGCCAACGCCGCGCGCCACAUCAAAAAGACCAAGAGCCCGGCCAUGGGGUGGGCCAAGCAGCAGGAGCUGCGCGAGAUGGGGGACGUGCUGGUAAAUCUGGCGAUCAACAAGGCGGCGGAGAUUCUGAUUCCGCAGAAAGCCGCCAUGGAGGAGCUCAUGGAGCGGCUCAUGGUGCACGACCGGCUCGAGAAAGAGGACAUUGAGGCGCACAUGCGCAAGCACAACGUGCAGCCGGUGGACGAGUUCUGGCUCACGCCGGGCGGGCGCUACUCGAUCCCCGAGCCCGAGGGUCGGCGCUUCUCGCCGGGCGGCAUCAUCCCGGACCCCGUCGGCACGCCGGUGGACCUGGGCCCCAAGCGGCUGACGCUGGCGGCCCUGGGCACCAAGUACGCGCGCAAGUACAAGCAGAUCAUCAAGCGCGGCGGCUACGUGCCCGCCGACCGUUGGGACGACCCGGCCCUGGAGGGCAAGACCUGGGUCUCUGCGCCUGACUUCGCCACCGAAAAUGUGCUCGAGGUGACCGUGGAAAAGGCAGGCGUGGGCCAGUUUUAACGAGAGCACGUCUGAUUGCACGUCAGGUUGGGCAUUUGGCGUCUAGAGGCCGACUGAUAUCGGUAGAACCUGCCAAACAGACUGCAAAGAACGCACUGCAUGCAUCUUCCGGUUCAAACGGGG